CUCUGGCCUUGCCAAAUAUAUCACAUUGUCUCUCAAGACUUUAACUACUAAGUCUUCUCUAACAAUCAAUCUCCACCUCUGUCUCUCUCUCUGCGUGUGUGACGUGUCAUCUGUAAUGGAGAGGAACCAGAUGCACAGACAGGUUUCAGUCAUGAGGCAGUCCCUCUUUGAUCAGGGAUAUCUUGACGAACAAUUUAUCCAACUGGAGGAGCUGCAAGAUGAUGCUAAUCCUAAUUUUGUGGAGGAAGUUGUUACAUUGUACUAUAGGGAUUCAUCCAGGCUAAUCCUUAGCAUAGACCAGGCACUGGAGAGAAACCCUCUUGAUUUCAAUAAGCUGGACACCUACAUGCAUCAGUUCAAGGGAAGUAGCACAAGCAUUGGAGCCAAAAAGGUAAAAGCUGAAUGCACACAGUUCAGGGAAUAUUGCAAAGUAGGAAAUGGAGAAGGAUGCAUGAGGACUUUCCAACAAGCGAAGAAAGAGUAUACCAUUCUCAAAAGGAAGCUUGAAGCUUAUUUCCAGGCAAGACAAUCUGGGCCCUCAGAGACGGCAUGUCGCCCUAGGAAUUGAUGGCAGGGACCUACAAAAGGACACGUGGACGUACGUGGCAACAUGUGAUUGACGAGUUUCACAUGCAAUGUUCUAUAUUAUAUUAUUGUAGUACUUGAAUCUAAUUAUGUACUUCAGUUAGUGGGAUUAUAUGUAGGCUUUGUUUUCCAUCAACGAAAAUGCUAUAUAUGCAAGUUUUGCACUACUUUCUUCAA